AAAAUAUUGAUGGUUUGUCGAGUGCAUAGUCAAAGUCCAUACAUGCAGCAACAUCAUGGCCACAACAGUGUCGUCGAUAUUUAGAAACAAAGUGUCGGAGAGCACGAGACUUAUGAGAUGUCUGGCGAGAAAUUCAAUGCAAAUCUGUAGGUUAUCGGCGCAAGCACAACAACCCGCUAUCAAAGAGCCUGUUGAUGCAGAAUGUGAACGAGUGAGGAUCAAUCCUCUGAAGCAUCCAGAUUACUUCAACGUUCGGAAAUUGUUUACACUUCAGGAUCUGUUCGAUGCAAGAGUACAUUUUGGUCACAAAGAAGGUACCUUGAAUAAUAAAAUGAUACCUUUUUUGUAUGGAUCUAGACUUGGCCAUUUGAUAUUCGAUCUUGAUCAGACGGUUGAAUUAUUAAGGCAGGCAUUAAAUUUCACUGCGCAUAUAGCUUAUAAUGAUGGAAUCAUUUUAAUGAUUGCGAGAAAACCACAAUAUGCACAUUUAGUUGAAAAGACUGCUAAAGAAUGUAAAGAAUUUGCUCACACGAGAAAUUGGAAAAAGGGUAUAUUUACCAAUUCCACCAAAGAAUUUAGUGCAACCACUAGAUUGCCAGAUCUCUGUAUAUUUUUCAACACCCUGAAUGAUGUGAUGCAAGAACAUCAAGGCGUCCGUGAUGCAGCCAAAAUGAAUAUUCCUUCGGUAGGAAUCGUAGAUAGCAAUUGUGAUCCAAAUCUUAUUACUUAUCCAGUGCCUGGGAACGAUGAUUCACCUUGCUCUGUUGAACUUUAUUGUAAAUUAUUUAAACAAGCCAUUUUGUUAGGCAAAGAAGCAAGAGCUAGAGAUAAUUUGCAAACAUAAUAUUUUAUUGUACAAAACAGAACAAAAUUAUAAAUAUAUUUGUAGAU